UUCCAUAAUAGUUUUCAGGGAGAUGUGCUCAGCAGUAUUGUUAACUAACGAAAAUAAGUCUGUCAGUUCCACUUAGAUAAUCUUUGGUAAUAAACGAACUCCAUACAUGUUGUGACCUUAGAGCCUGAACUUUCUAAUCACAUGACCGGCUUGUAAACUGACCUGUGAGGACAACAGUUGUAGUCCCAGUUUAGAGAGAAUUGGCCAAGUGUCGGAAGGGUGAUUAUCAAGCUGGACUUGUCCUGUAAUCUCUGUUUCUUCAUGGCUGCAAUAGAACUUCUCGACAGACUUGGAAAAGCAUGAAAUGGAGACAUGGGAAGUUUCUGUUCCAGAUGAUCGGGCUGAACAACGAACCUGUCUCAUUUGUGGGGACCGUGCCACAGGCUUGCACUAUGGGAUCAUCUCCUGUGAGGGCUGCAAAGGGUUUUUCAAGCGGAGCAUUUGCAACAAGCGGGUAUAUCGAUGCAGUCGUGACAAGAACUGUGUCAUGUCUCGGAAGCAGAGGAACAGGUGCCAGUACUGCCGUCUGCUCAAAUGCCUCCAGAUGGGCAUGAACCGGAAGGCAAUCAGAGAAGAUGGCAUGCCUGGAGGCCGGAACAAGAGCAUUGGGCCAGUCCAGAUAUCAGAGGAAGAAAUCGAAAGGAUCAUGUCUGGGCAGGAGUUUGAGGAAGAGGCCAAUCACUGGAGCAACCACGGUGACAGCGACCACAGUUCCCCUGGGAACAGGGCUUCAGAGAGCAACCAGCCCUCACCAGGCUCUACAUUGUCCUCCAGUAGGUCUGUGGAGCUAAAUGGAUUCAUGGCGUUCAGGGAGCAGUACAUGGGGAUGUCUGUGCCUCCCCACUAUCAAUAUAUACCGCACCUUUUUAGCUAUUCUGGCCACUCUACACUUCUGCCCCCACAAGCUCGCAGCUUGGAUCCCCAGUCAUACAGUCUGAUUCACCAGCUGGUGUCAGCCGAGGACCUGGAGCCGUUGGGCACACCCAUGUUGAUUGAAGAGGGAUAUGCUGUGACACAGGCAGAGCUGUUUGCCCUGCUUUGCCGCCUGGCCGAUGAGUUGCUCUUUAGGCAGAUUGCCUGGAUCAAGAAACUGCCUUUCUUCUGCGAGCUCUCAAUCAAAGAUUACACGUGCCUCCUGAGCUCCACAUGGCAGGAAUUAAUCCUGCUGUCUUCCCUCACUGUUUACAGCAAGCAGAUCUUUGGGGAACUGGCUGAUGUCACCGCCAAGUACUCACCCUCUGAUGAAGAACUACACAGAUUUAGUGACGAAGGGAUGGAGGUGAUUGAGCGGCUCAUCUACCUAUAUCACAAGUUCCAUCAGCUAAAGGUCAGCAAUGAGGAAUAUGCUUGCAUGAAAGCAAUUAACUUCCUAAAUCAAGAUAUCAGGGGUCUGACCAGUGCCUCACAACUGGAACAAUUGAAUAAGCGAUAUUGGUACAUUUGCCAGGAUUUCACUGAAUAUAAAUAUACCCAUCAGCCAAACCGCUUUCCUGACCUCAUGAUGUGCUUGCCUGAGAUUCGAUAUAUUGCAGGUAACAUUCCGGCUUCCAACCCUUCUUUGUUUCUCUUAGCUUGUGACAGGAAGGAGGCAAGCAGUGUUUUCAGGAUGCUCAUUCCAGUCUCAUUACCAACUACGGCUCACCCUCAGAAAAGUUGCGUUGAUGUGGGAAGUUUGUGUUUUCUGUGUAGGGAAGAGAAUCUAACAUUUCCUGAGCUCCUAUAAUGUGCAGAGAACUCUGUGGCCUUGUAUCAUUUAAUCUUAUAACACACUGCAAGGUUGAUGGUUAGUUGGUAGUAUUAUGGCCAUUCUAUGGAUGGAUAAACAGAGGCUCAGAUUAUCUCAAACUAAGUUCAUUUCCUGAAUUGUACUCUUUAAAGGGAUGAUUUUUAUGGUAUGUGAAUUAUAUUGCAAUAAAAAAAAAUUUAACUUCAUUUCACAAAAUUGUAUAUGGGCUUUUAAAAUUCCAAGUUUGGUUUCUUUAAAAAUCCAAGUUUACAAAAGAUUUUGUGUGUGUGAUCUUG